CACUCCUCCCUCCUGGGCUGGGCGCUGGCCAGGGCCUGGGGGCUGCUGCGGACCCAGCGGGUGCCCCCUGGGUUUGUCCCAGAUACACCGAACAGAGAGGGAAAGGCCGGAAGGGAGAGUGUGUCGUUGAUGGUGACCAGCGAGCAGCCCCCCAGGACCGCAGGUCAGCGGCCCCGGCAGUGUGGGAGCCGCGUCCACGGCAGGAGCCACGGCCUGCGAGGCCAGGCAAGGCCAUUAUAGGAACCAGCGGGGAGGGAACUCUGGGCAGAGAUUGGGCUCACUUCCUCAUCUCCGGCCGCGACUAGGAACCCCGGGCUGAGGCCUGUCACUGGGGGCCCCGCCUGCUCGGGCACAUCCAUCACUGAGCAGGGGGGAGGGUCUGUGAGCCCAGGAAGCUCCCCUUUCCUCAGGAAGCUGUCCCUGAGGCUGCCGGGAGCCCGGACGAUGGGCCCGGACGCACACACGGAUGGGCGAGUCCUGACCCGCGGGCAGAGGCGGGCAGAACGAAAGGCUGACAUCCGGCUGCCGGGGCCCCUCCUGUACCCAAGCAGCCAGCGGGCAUGCGGAGCCCCCGGUGCUGAUGGUGCCACCGCCCGUCAUGGAGGGCCCAGGGGACGCGGCUGGCGAGGGGCCGGCCCCGAUGGGGAGGGGGCCUGCGGGGCCCUCGGGAGGUGGUGGCCGCGGCCACGAGGUCCAGAGAGUGGCCGUGAGCUCGUCGGUCGCCUGGGAGCGCGUGGGGCCCGAGGAAGCCCAGGCUGUGGUCAGAGGUGAUGCCUCCCCGGCCCCUGGCGGCUCUGGGCCGGCUGCUGGGACCCCUCCCGGCCAGAUGGGAACCUGCCCCACAGACCUGACCCUGCAGCUGCUGGCCGUGCGGAGGAAGACGGGGCUUCCAGAUCCCAGCCUGCAGCAGGCAAUGCGGGCCCGGCUCCGCCUGCUGGAAAAUGACAGCCGCGAAGUGGCCAGCGUGCUGGGGGAGUUAUCGGCCAGGCUGCUGUCUAUCCACAGUGACCAGGACCGGAUUGUGGUGUCGUUUAAGACUUUCGAAGAGAUCUGGAAGUUCUCCACUUACCACGCUCUUGGCUUCACUCACCACUGCCUGGAAAACCUGCUCGUGGACCAGGCCUUCUGGCUGCUUGCGCCCAGCGAAGACGAGGAGACGACCAUCCAAGUCCACGUGGACCAGGAGGCCUUGACACGGACACAGGAGAUUCUCCUCGCCCAGGAGGGCCCUUUCUUUGUCCUGUGUCCCGACCACCACGUGAGAGUGACCACCAGCCCCCGGGGCGCAGGCCCGCAGCCCCCGAGGCGAGCCGCGGGGGUCCCCCAGGGAGACGCAGCCCCGGCAGCGGACUCUAAGGCGCCCAGCCCCGGCACGUGCUCCCAGGACACGGCAGCGGUGGCCGCUCCGGAACCUCUGAUCCCCUUUCAUCAGUGGGCCCUCAGGGUCGCCUGGGACCCCAUCGACGACUCCGUGAGCGGCCCUGUGACGUCGGACGUUCCGCUGAUGGCCGUGGGCCUGGCCUCAGCAGUGGCAGACUACCAGGGCUCCGGGCCUGAAGAGCUGACCUUCCGAGGCGGUGACGUCAUCGAGGUCCUGGGCGCCCGGGUGCCCGGCCUGCCCUGGUGCCUGGGCCGGCACACGGCCUCGGGCCAGGUCGGGUUUGUGCGCACGAGUGACAUCAGUGUGCAGGGCCAAGUGUCUGAGCUGGAAAACGUGAUUUUUCUCGAUGAGGAAGAGAGGUCGUUCUUCAGCAACGAAGGGCGCUUCUCGGACGAGGACGCCAGGCAGUUGCUGAGGAGGAUGUCUGGCGCGGACACGUGCACCGUGUACAACUUGGACAGAUUAGAAGAGGCCGACUUUGAGCCGCUGGAAGAACAAGGAAGCGUAGCUGUUUGCUCGUUGGCUGUGUCUUCGGGUACUGACCCCAUCCGAAGCCAACAGCCCCGCACACGGGCACUUUUGGAAUCACCUCACCUGGACCCAGAGCCACACGAGACCCUGCAGAAGGUGAAGAACGUUCUGGAAGAAUUGAAAUCCCGCCAGGACUGCCCCGAGGAGCCAGAGUCCUGGGGUCUCUGCGCGGCCUCCGGCGGCGCGAGCCCACCGGACCCUGAGGAGCCCCCCUUCUGCCUGGACGCGGGGGCCGACCGGACCGACCCGGAGGCCCUGGGCUCGCUGCUGCUGUUCCUGGACGCGCCCGGCUACAAGGCCUGCUUCCGCGGCCUGUACGACCUCUCCCUGCCGGGGCUGAGCGCCCUGUGCGGCGGCCGCACCGACGAGGAGGAGCUGGCCGGGCUCCUGGCGCGGGCGCGGGGGGCGGCCAAGAAGGCCGGCCUCCCCAUGGCCCUCGCCAGAGUCUGCUUCCUCCUGGGGCGGCUGUGCGUGCGCCGGCUCAAGCUGUCCCAGGCCCGGGUGUACUUCGAGGAGGCGCUGGGCGCCCUGGGGGGCCGCUUCGGCGACCUCUUCCUGGUGGCGGCCGUGUACUGCAGCCUGGCCACCGUCCACCUGAAGCAGAGGAACAGAGACAGGUGCGCGCAGGUGACGCCCAAGGCCGCGGCCCUGCUGCUGGGGACGCCCAGCCACGGCUGCGGCACCGAGGCCGGGUCGGAGCUGCUGGCGCACGCCCUGCGGCGGGCCGUGGCCGGCCGGAGCCCGCAGGCUGAGGCCCGGGCCUGCUUCCUGCUGGCCAGGCACCACGCCCGCCUGCGGCAGCCGGAGGAGGCCCUGCCCUUCCUGGAGCGGCUGCUGCUCCUGCACGAGGCCUGGGGCUCCCCGGAGGCCGCCUGGCCCGCCGACUGCUACCUGCUCCUGGCCGACACCUACAGCCGGCGGUGCCUGCCGCGCCUGGCGCUGGGCUGCGUCAGGGCGGCCUCGCUGCGGGCCCGGGCCUCGCUGCGCGCCUCGCUCCGGAGCGUGGACCUGGUCCUGCGCAACGCCCCCCGCCUGCCCCGCCCGCCCUCCCAGGCCGCGCCCCACCUCCGGCGGGCGCUGGCCUCCCUGGGCCCGGGCGCGGGCCGGGCGCUGCGCGGGCCCCUGUGCGCCAGCCUGGCCCGGCUGCACAGCGGCCACGGCCAGCACGGCAGGGCCGUCGCCCUGAUGGCGCAGGCCGCGGAGGCGGCCGCCGGGGCCGGGAGCCGCCUGGCGCUGGACUACCUGCUGGCGCUCGCCUGGCUGCACGUGCUCGGCGGCCGGAGCCCGGCGGCCCUGGGCGUCCUCGAGUGCGUGCGGGAGGGGGCGGUGGCCGGCGCCGAGCAGGAGGGCGUGAUGGCCAACGUGGCGGCCGUGGCGCUGACGAGGACGGGCAGGACCCGGCAGGCGGCCGAGGGCUACUACUGUGCCCUGCGGGUGGCGCGGGGCCGCGGCCGGCGGAGGAACCAGGCGGUGGUGCUGGCCAACCUGGGGGCCCUGUGCCUGCGGGCCGGCGCCGGCGGCCUGGCCCAGCACUACUGCCGGGAGGCCGUGAAGCUCUUCUCGCGGCUGCCCGGCGGGGAGGGCGGCCAGGACUUCACCUGCGUGCUCCUGCGGCUGGGCCGCCUGUGCGCCCGCAGGGCCCGCGCCCGGCAGGCCAAGUGCUACUACGAGUGGGCCUUUCUGGUCGCCGCGGAGAUGGACCACCUGGAAGGCCAGCUGCUUGCCGUCCAGAGGCUCUGUCACUUCUACAGCACGGUCAUGCCCAGCGAGGCCCAGUGCGUCGUCUACCACGAGUUCCAGCUGUCGCUGGCCCGCAGGGUGGCGGACAAGGUGCUGGAGGGGCAGCUCCUGGAGACCAUCAGCCGGCUCUACCUGUCCCUGGGCACCGAGCGGGCCUACAGGUCCGCGCUGGACUACACCAAGCGCAGUCUGGGCAUUUUCAUCGACCUGCAGAAGAAGGAGAAGGAGGCGCACGCUUGGCUGCAGGCGGGGAAGAUCUAUUACAUCCUCCAGCAGAACGAGCUGGUGGACGUGUACCUCCAGGUGGCCCAGAACGCAGCCCUGUACACGGGGGACCCCAACCUGGGGCUGGAGCUGUUUGAGGCGGCUGGGGACAUCUUCUUCAACGGGACCUGGGAGCGGGAGAAAGCCGUGUCCUUCUACCGGGAUCGGGCGCUGCCCUUGGCCUCCACCACAGGGAACCAGGAGGCCGAGCUGCGUCUGUGCAACAAGCUGGUGGCACUGCUGGCCGAGCUGGACGCGCCCCGGGAGGGCCUGGAGUUCGCCCACAUGGCCCUGGCGCUCAGCAUCACCCUGGGGGACCGGCUGAACGAGAGAGUGGCCUACCACCGGCUGGCCGCCCUGCACCACCGGCUGGGCCACGGCGAGCUGGCGGAGCAUUUCUACCUCAAGGCCCUGUCGCUCUGCAGCUCGCCCCUGCAGUUCCCCGAGGAGACGCUGUACUACGCGAAAGUGUACCUGGUGCUCGGGGACAUCAUCUUCUACGACCUGAAGGACCCCUUCGACGCGGCGGGGUACUACCAGCUGGCCUUGGCAGCGGCCGUGGACCUCGGCAACAAGAAGGCCCAGAUGAAGAUCUACACGCGCCUGGCCACCAUCUACCACAACUUCCUCCUGGACCGCGAGAAGUCCCUUUUCUUCUACCAGAAGGCCAGGACCUUCGCCACCGAGCUCAACAUCCGCAGAGUCAACCUGGCCCCGGGGCGGUGCUGGGGGCGGGCGCCCUGGCUGGUCCCCGGCCCCUCGCCCUGAGGUCCCCUGUCUGCCCUGGCUGGCCCCCGGCCCCUCGCCCUGAGGUCCCCUGUCCGCCCUGGCUGGCCCCCGGCCCCUCGCCCUGAGGUCCCCUGUCUGCCCGGCUGGCCCCCGGCCCCUCGUCCUGAGGACCCCUGUCCACCCUGGCUGGCCCCUGGCCCCUCAUCCUGAGGUCCCCUGUCCGCCCUGGCUGGCCCCCGGCCCCUCGCCCUGAGGACCCCUGUCCUCGCCUCUCCUAGUGUCUCUGGGAGGCUCAUUUUCUGGGAAACAGAGGCAGGACAGUAGGGGUCUGAUAGCAAUAAACAAUUUUGCGGCAGCCUGCCAAAGCCCGCAAGGCCCCCUCCCCUGGCCUACCGCCUGGGGAGCGUCCAGGGACCAAGCCCCGUCCCCGGGGGCCCGCCCUGCUGCUGUGAGCUGGAAGGACUGAGUCGGACCGACCCCGGGCCAGGUCCCCCUGCCGGCCCCAUGCGGUGUGGCCUCAGGCAAAUCACGCCCCUCGCACCCAUUUCCUGGCCUGUCAGAGCGGAAGGCGGUGGUGGGAUCCCCUGGGCAUCUUCCCCCUUCCUCGUGCCCUCACUGUGUGUCAGGCUCUGUGCUCUGCCUUUAACCCUCACGCCAACCUCACCGGGCCUGCACCGUUGGGUCUGGUAUUGUCCCCAUUUCCGGCGGAGGCACAGAGAGGGUAGGUGCCCUGCCCGCUGUCACACAGCAGGUAGGUGGGGCAGAGCUGUAACCACUGUACCACCUGCCCGCCUGCCUCGGGGUGGGGGGGGGAUGUGUCAGCAUCAGGACCCAGGGGCGCGUCCUGGAAGAAGGUGCUAGCACGUCAUUGCACCUCCGCCCCUUCCUGCGUCCCGAAGGCGAGCGAGGGGAACGCGGCCCACACGCUCCCUCACCUGAGAGUCCUCUGGCCCGGCCCGGCCGGUCCCACCUGCUCCCGCCAGCCAGCCAGGCUGGGGGGGGGGGGGGGCCUCCAGCCCUGUGCGGAAUGUGCUGCUGUGAGUGCAUCUAGGGGCUCAUCUGGGCCCCCACGUGCCAGGAACCCUCCAUUUACAGUCAGGGAAACUGAGGCUCAGAGAGGCCGUGGGCGUCCCAAGUGGUUCUCACCCGCACGGCACUGUUCCGAUCUCUUUUUCUUUAAUUUAUUUUGUCAAACAAGGUGACGUUCACGUAAGAUAAAAUGAACCGUUUAAAGUGA